GGUGAUAUCGUUGGCGUUGAGGGACAUCUCUUUCGUACACAGGCAGGAGAGCUAACCCUCUAUGUCAAAACCUUGACACUCCUCUGUAAGACACUCCUCCCCCUUCCUGACAAACACGCAGGUCUCUCCGAUAAAGAGCUCCGCUACCGGAAACGGUGGCUCGAUCUCAUCACGCAUGAAGAGGUGCUCACAACCUUCAAACUCCGGAGCAAAAUCGUCCGACUGAUUCGGGACUAUUUCGAAAAAUCCGACUUCAUGGAAGUUGAAACCCCCAUUCUGCAGAAUAUCUAUGGAGGAGCUGAAGCAGCCCCCUUUACAACGGAGCUCAACGCUCUACAUCAAAUGAUGUACCUCAGAAUCUCUCUGGAGAUCUCCUUGAAGAAACUGAUUAUCGGCGGUUUUGAUCGAGUUUUUGAAAUCUCCAAGAUUUUUCGGAAUGAAGGGCUCGACCGAACUCACAACCCUGAGUUCACCAUGCUCGAAGCGUAUGCCGCCUAUUGGGACUAUAACGAUAUGAUGGUGUUCACGGAGAAACUCUUUGAGUUUCUAGCACUUCAGCUCUUUGGCUCAACGAAGAUUCAGCUGGGGGAAAACUCGAUCGACCUACAAACCCCUUGGAUUCGAAUGAGCAUGAAAGAGGCGAUUCUCACCUAUGGAAAAAUCGAUGUCGACCCUCUUUCAGACGACCAAUUGCGUAAAACUCUCCUCGACCUAGGAGGAGACCCUAAAAAGAUUGACACAGCUCCUCGUGGUCUUUUGAUUGCAGCGCUUUUUGAAGAGACUGCAGAAACCCACCUCAUCCAACCACACCACAUCAUCGACCAUCCCAUUGAGACAACUCCUCUUUGUAAACUUCACCGAGAUCCAAAGCUUCGUCAAGAGCGGUUUGUCGAACGAUUUGAGAGCUUUAUUUGCGGAACCGAGUUUUGCAACUCGUAUACAGAGCUCAACGACCCCGAGUUGCAGCGCGAACUCCUCGUCGAACAAAAUGGAAAACGGAUCGGUGGUGAUAAAGAGGCCCAUCCUCUCGAUGAAGAGUUUAUCGAAGCCAUCUGCCAAGGGAUGCCCCCUACCGGCGGACUUGGAAUUGGGAUUGACCGCCUUGUGAUGUUGCUGACAAAAGCAACCUCUAUUCGAGAUGUUCUCUUCUUUCCGAUGAUGAAAACGGACGACUCUCCUCCUGAUACCCAA